CCGAGACUCUCAUAUCCCCCUGUCCAACGCCUUCGUGACGAAGAUGCCAUCGCCCAAUUGACAAUUUAGAACUUCCUCUGUCUCCUAGCGUCGCCGGUUGCAUUCCGCUCUAAACAAUAGCCGGGAUGACUCAGUACGGCUGAAGUGUCGCCUUUUUUUGAUUACCCCGUCCUCGACUCCGUCUCCGAGGUCCAUCUCCCUUCCCACCUCCGUUAUCGCUCUUCGAGCUACAAGAUGCGAGACGCACAGCUGCACCGCGCCCGGCUGGUGUCGAGCGUGGCUGCCACCAUCAUCUCGCUGGCCUGCGGAACCAACUAUGUCUACUCGGCCUGGGCGCCCCAGUUCGCCGACCGCCUGCACCUCACCACCACCGAGACCAACCUCAUCGGUCUGGCCGGCAACCUGGGCAUGUACUCGGCCGGCGUCCCCGUCGGUCUGUUUGUCGACCACCGCGGCCCCCGUCCAGCCGUCAUCUCGGGCGCCCUGUGCCUCGGCAUUGGCUACCUUCCCUUCCGCGCCGCCUAUGAGACUGCCUCGGGCUCCGUGCUGCUGCUGUGCUUCUUCGCCUUCCUGACCGGCCUGGGAGGCUGCAUGGCGUUUGCUGCCUCGGUCAAAACGUCCGCCCUGAACUGGCCUCACCACCGAGGCACCGCGACCGCCUUCCCCUUGGCUGCCUUCGGACUCAGCGCCUUCUUCUUCUCCGUGUUUGGCGGCGUCCUCUUCCCGGGCAACACAGGCGCCUUCCUCACCCUGCUGGCGGUCGGUACCUUCACUUUGAGUUUUGUUGGUUUCUUCUUCCUCAAGGUCCACCCGCACGCCUCGUACCACAGCCUGCCGACCGGCGCUCCUGCCUUGUUCGACUCGCAGCGGCUGCACCGCACACCCUCCGAGGAGACCAAGGCCUCGCGCCGUCACGGCGGGCGACGCUCUCCAGAUGCAGAACGCGGUACGUCGCCCACCACCUACACGACUCCCGCGGCGGCUGCCGGUCCAUCCCAGGAAGCCCCGGCACCGGACCCAGCCGAUGUCGAGGCUGCCCCCCCUGCCCUGGACGCCGCCGCAUCCCACGAGGCGGAGCCGGACGAGACAUCGUCCCUCAUGUCCAGGUCGUCGUCGUCGCUGGCCGGCGAUGUCCUAGUCCAGAGCAGUGUUGAUUUGGAUCGCUCCCACCGUGUAGAUAUCCGCGGCUGGCGCCUGCUGCGCAAUGUCGACUUUUGGCAGCUGUUUGCCAUCAUGGGCAUUCUGGCCGGCAUUGGCUUGAUGACUAUCAACAACAUUGGCCAUGAUGCCAACGCGCUCUGGAAGCGCUACGACCCCGCGGUAGACGAGGCCUUCCUCGUCCAGCGGCAACAGAUGCACGUCUCCAUCCUGUCGGUUGGCAGUUUCUGUGGCAGGCUGCUGAGCGGCGUCGGGUCCGACUUCCUCGUCAAGUCCCUGCACGCCAGCCGGGCCUGGUGCCUCGUCAUCGCCUGCUUCGUCUUCAGCGUCGCUCAGAUCUGUGCCAUAAACGUCGAGAACCCCCACCUCCUGGGCUUCGUCUCGGGCCUGUCCGGUCUCGGCUACGGCUUUUUGUUCGGCGUCUUCCCCUCCAUCGUGGCCGAGUCGUUUGGCGUCCACGGUUUGAGCCAGAACUGGGGGCUCAUGACCCUCGCUCCGGUCUUCUCGUCCAACGCCUUCAACCUGUUUUAUGGCGCCGUCUUUGACAGCCACAGCAUUGUUGGGCCGGACGGCGAGCGGUCUUGUCCGGAUGGGCUGGACUGCUACAAGAAUGCCUAUUUUGUUACGCUGGCGGCCUGCGGUGUGGGUAUUGUCGUCACGCUGUCGACGAUUCGGCACCAGUACCAUCAGCGCUUGAGGGAGGAGGGGAAGGGCGCUGCUGAGGAUUAGGUCUCGGUGGGCAGAGUGGCCGCCAGUAGGGGCUUUCUGGAUGGCGGCGAGAAAUCUCAGAGAACAGGCGUCAAGUUGGAGAGAUUGGACUAUAUCAUGUGGAUGGCCGUAGAGACCGUUUCAAGAUGGCUGUCGCCGGCAGGUAGAUUGGCUACAGGUUGGCACGGCACUGCACAGGAUGGCGUUCCGGACACCGAAGUUAGAGGGCCACCAGGGAACGAGUCACUACUGGGCGUUCGGGCUCUACAGGCAGUGCAAGAAAUUUCCCAGCAUGUCAAAUGCACUCAUGAACUGCAUGAUUGAAG